AUGCGUCGACCGCCGAUCCUACAGAUGAAAUACGGUUGCUACCCUUUUCUAGUGGUGUUUGGUUUACCCGCCAAUUUGUUAACAAUUAUUAUUCUCUCCCGGGGAAAAUGCGGUCUUUCCAAAUGCAUCUCUGCCUACAUGACGAUGAUGGCUGUGGCAGAUUUAUUGGUCAUUCUCAUCAAUGUCCUUGUCUAUGAGAUUUUAAUAUUCCGCCUGUCAAAUUCAUUUCUGCAUUAUACGGAAGUCCUUAAAGCCACGGUCUACCUGGUGGCAGUCACUCUGGAACUAUCACUGUGGUACACCGUGGCCUUCACCGGUGAUCGAUAUGUUUCCAUAUGCUGUCAGAAGUUUAAAACAAAAUACUGCAGAGUGAAGAUUGCCAGAAUUCUGGCGGCAGUAAUACUGGCAGUAGCUUGUUUGGAGAAUAUACCCUUCUUGUUUGCAUUGCAGCCUCAACAAAUAGUUGGAAAUAUUUCUUGGGGUAUUCUCCCGAAAUUGGACAUCUUAAACUCUCCAACUUUUGUCGCGUUCAGCAGAUUCAAAUCCUUUCGAAACUUGCUGUGCGUAUUUGGUUUAAUAUUUCUAUUUAAUGCGAUGACAGCCAGGCUUAUCUUAGUGGCCAGCAAAUCUCGGAGGGGCUUCCGAAUCCAUAAAAGUACGACUGAACGUGACACGGAAAUGGAGAACAGAAAAAAGGGCAUCAUGUUACUGUUCUGUGUGUCGGGCAGCUUCAUGCUAUUUUGGCUGCCGUCGACAGUGACCAAUUUUAUCGUUAAUCUAACCAUGUUUUCUGAUCGCGACUAUUACUCUGCCCGAUAUUUCGCUGCUCAAACCGGGACUCUGCUCACGAACAUGAGUUCCUGUAUAAACACGUGCACUUAUGCAACGACCCAAACUAACUUCAGGGGAGAGUUGAAGUCGUUGAUAAUGUCUCCUUGGACGCUGAUACGGGCAUUGACCAAGACAAAUGUAAGUUCAUCUAAGGCUCUCUCCCCUAAGUAG